GACAUACAUCCUCCAACAAACAUUUAUUUAUAUUUAAUAUUCUUAUUGCUGGUAACUGUUAGAUAGUUUGAAGGAGUUCUGAGUGCAGAUGUGUCCUGAUGUUUGGGUUCCUAUCAGAUGGAUGAGCUGCUCUGAUUCAAGUGUUUGUCAUGUAAAUGGACCCGUUUGAUGGACGUGACGGACUGCUGCGGCUCUUUGGCCAUUGGCUCCCCCCGGGUCACAUGACGYGUCAGGAAGGUGAUAUGAGGGGUGGAAGGCAGUUUUUACAGCUUUGACAUACUCCCUGUAGGUCAGGCCAAAAGGGGAGCAGCCAUUAAUGACUGCUCGGGCUGAGUUCUGAGCGGACAACGGGCCCAGGUUCGGGAUGAACUCCUACUUAGACUACCCGGUGUGCAGCCGGGGAGCGAACCUGUUCAGCGGCAGCGCUUUGAACCACAGAUACGCGUCCGGCUCUUGCGCAACAAGUGAUAGUUACGCACCGGAUGGCCGCUUUGUGGCUUCUGCGCCACACCAGAACCUCCCUCUGCACCAGCAGACCCAUGUCAAUCUGGACCUGCAGUUCUCGGCACCCGGGAAUCCCACGUAUGGAUCUCCUCUGGAGUACGGCCUCGCUCCAGACCAGGACCGGAGCUUCCUUCAGGUCUCACCGCUCGGAACAAACAUGGCCCCCUACGGGGACAGCUGCGGGCCCGGAGGCGCAGCUGCGGGUCAGUAUGUGCAGUUCGAGGAGCAGAGACAGCAGGAGUAUUCGGUCUACACGAGGCCCCAGUGCAGGGAGAAGGAGCCCGUGGAGGAAACUUCCAAAACUUUUGACUGGAUGAAAGUAAAAAGGAAUCCUCCAAAAACAGCGCUCCUGUCGGAGUUCGGGGUUCCGGGUCAGCACAGCGCCAUCCGGACCAACUUCACCACCAAGCAGCUGACCGAGCUGGAGAAGGAGUUCCACUACAACAAGUACCUGACGCGGGCCCGGCGCGUGGAGGUGGCGGCCAGCCUGGAGCUCAACGAGACGCAGGUGAAGAUCUGGUUCCAGAACCGGCGGAUGAAGCAGAAGAAGCGCGAGAAGCUCGGCUGCGUCCCGGCGGAGCGGAAACCCUCCGGUUCCGACGCCUCCCCAAAGACAAAGGGGGAAAAACUGUGAACAAUGACGGGACUGUGGAGGCCGGAAUCAAUUGCACCAAAAUAGAAAUUUACUUAUCGGAUUUGUGAACUUUACAGGGUAUCUUCAUGUCUGAACCAAAAUGUUCCUCUCUUUUUAUCAGGAGCUUGCGUUGUUUUGUUUAAACACUGUUUGCACUAUUUAUUUACAGGGUAUUUUCCAACAUGACUGACUUGAAUAAAGCCUAUAAAAUGAAAAAAAAA